AUGUCCACCGCGCGCGCGCCCAUGGUGUGGCGACACGACGAGCGUGUCGUCGUGUGCGCGCCGUACAUCGACGCCGAGCGCACGCGCGCGGAGGGACGGAAGAUUCCAACCGAGGACGCCGUCGCGCGACCGCACGUCGUCGAGAUCGCGCACGCGUGCGAACGCGGGCUCGGAUUGCGGUGUGAGAUCGAGGAAGAGAAGUGUUACUCGCGUGAUUUUUGGGUCCGAGGACGGGUGCGGGUGACGUGGAGGGACGACGAGGGGAAUCUGGCGCGACCCGAGCUGGAUACGCGAGGGAAGUUGCUCAAGGCGAUCGCGGCGGAGGUGAAGAAAUAUCCGGAACGGAACGCCGAUGGGAGCCCCGGGGCGCACGCGAUGUACACGACGCCGAAGAUGAUGUUCGAGGAGUACGUGAAGACGGUGGCGGGGAUGGCGGGACCGGCGCCGGGGACGGGGAAGAAGGCGGAGAAGCUCAAGGCGGCGGGCGGCGGGUCGCGGAAAAAGAAGGGGCGCAAGUGA